AUGGAAUGGUCCGGUUGCGGAAUUUUCGGGAAAUUGUGGCGAUAUCUUUUGCCUCGCAGACCGAAUCUGCCCAAUGAAGUGGAUGAUCAAGACUGUUCCCUAUCCUCUUUGGGUGAUAUUGAGAGGAAUAUGAAUACUGUACUUAUUGAGGAGCCUACCCAAGCCCUAUUCGAAAAGAUCGUUCCCGGUCUGAUUCAACAGAAUGAGAAUAUCCAAUCGGAACACACGAGAGAGCUGAAUCAUGCGGCUGAUAUGAUCCGGCCGAAACUGAUCCAUCAACGUCCGCACAGUGCGCACAUUCCAUUCCGUCCGAUUGUACUAUACGAACAAUGUUCCACUGUGGAAGAAAUUCACCGCACUCCUCGCAACCGAUCGGACGAUAACGAACGACCGAUACAACCACCUUCACGUGUACUCACACAAUCGACCCUGUUGAUUGAAGGUGCCAAAGUUCACACGGUCGCAUGUAACCGAUUUACCAAUAUCUCGACCAGUACAAUUGAAAUGCAACCCGGAUUGGAAUUAGAAACCCCGGUGGAUCAGGACAGCGCAAACACGAGCACCACAAAUCAGACAAACAGUGUACAACAACUGACACAGAAAUUGGAACGUUUUAAUGUGCCGAAAAGAGCGGAUGAGAUUUUGCACGCGAUUGAUGAUACAUCAAUCACGCGCAAGAUGCAAUCGAAAGAGAAGGAUGCCCAGUUCACCACACGUAUGCAUCACCCGAAUCACAUGACUCGAAUGCGUCAUGCGUAUCCGUAUUUUAUGCCUGAAUCUGCUUAUGUGAAAUUGAAACAAGAAGAGCGCUGGAAAGAAUUGCGACGAGAACUACGCUUGGAAUUGGAAACACAAAUUGAUUGUGAUGUGUUACGUCGUGUAAAUCGAUUACGACGACCUCAUCAGAUCCCGGUUUUACCCGCUGUAGUUGAAGCUUUCGAUAUGGCUCGGCUAUUGACCGUGCCCCCGUCCAUACCGACAUUGAUCCGUUUGGGAAUACAGUGUAAGAGCAAAAUGAAAACAUCACCCGCAUUUCCCACAGUUCGAGUGUUUCAGAAUUCAUCAAACACAUUAGCUGUUGGAUCCGUUCGUAAUCGUCGCACUAACCAAGGGACUCGCCGUCUGGGAAGACGGAAUCGAAUUUGCACGACAAAUAACAAACAAACAAACCCUACUACCCGACCGAACACAAGUGACAAUCACACAAUCACACGAUCUCAGGGGGAACGACCGAAAACGGCAGAAGAACGUCGAACGACAGCCAUUCAAAUGAUCGAGUUGUAUACAACAGCUUCCAAUCUCAUUUACGACUAUCCGGACCACGAGAUAAGCAUAUUUCAACUCCCGCUAUGGACAUGGCGUGAUCCGUAUGAGACGGGGGAGGAUGAGGAAAAAGUCAAUAAAUCGAGCAUUUACAAAGAUAUCCUGGAGGAUCUGUUAGUUCCAAUCGAGCAUCGUAAAAAGAAACGUAGUGUGCGUCUGUGUGCGGCCACGGGGACAGAAGAGGAGGCGUUCUUUCUCCAACUGAUUUCACUCGAACGAUUGCAACUGCUUACACGACUGGAGGAGAGUGAGGUGAUUGCCACCAACCCCGAAGAGGAUUUGUUUGCGAUCAGGCAAAUGAGAACAAAACACGGUAAAUACGGUUACGGUGGUAAAAAGAACACGUGGAAUAGAAGACGACACAAUUUACCCCCGCUGAACACGACUCUAGCCAGAACAAAAGAUGUGAAAAGUGCAUUUGGUCGGGAUGUGUUGUUCACCACCACCAGGCGAUCCAAAUUUCCAUCCAUUACACCGUACACGUUGGGCGCGAAUCAGUACAAAAUCGGUUCACAAACUCGACUGUCUAUUUUCUCCAUGAACAAUAAUCGAUCAACCAGUAAAAUUUUACCUAUCAGUCCUCCGGAAACAAGAAACCCGACGAAUUCGCCGGAAUUGAAUGCCGAAUUCCCUGCUCUGAUCAACUUGCCCAGUAUAGAUCCUAGUAAACCAUGGAGGGAAUCGAGUGGCACAAAUCUAUUGGAUUUGCCAAAUGGCUACUAUAGUCGAACAUUUUCACGUCGAACUCCGCAUAAGGUGACCCAAGUCAAAUGGAAUUCGGUCGGACUGAAACAACAACAACAACCACAACCACUACGAACUCCCACCCCUGUGGUAGGUUUGCAGUCACCCCCGGAGAAAAAAACAAAGUCACGUCGUAGACUGAAGCGUCGAAGUCAGUCGUCUGUGUAUUGA